GGACUUAUUCAUUAGGUCCUGGCUCCAAAGGAGCCACUUACACCAGGUAUGAAGUCCGACACCAUGGGAGUUCAUAAAGAUACGGGAGAGUAUCACCCGUCGCCCGACCGAUCCCUUCGUGAGCUCAAGGAGCGCAUUCGACAGCACGCGCCUCUCGGAUGUGCAGAGCGACCCGACGAUGGAGAGCCCGAAGUGAUGGGCGGGCCCGUCGUUACCGAGCCUGAGAGACCACCGUCGAAGAUAUGGAUGGAGAACAUAACGGAGUCUCCCAGUUUUCGGGGAGAGACGGAAGAUCGGCGCUCAUCUGCCUACGAGCGGAGAGACGCUAGAGAGCACCGACGCAGAGAUGACUGGAGAGAUCAGUGCAUCAGGGAUCAGGCUUGGAGAGAUAGAGAUAGCCCUCAUGAGAGGAGCAGGCCGCCUCAACGAAUCUACGAUCCGCAGAUGGGCGAGUCGUAUACACUCCCUUACGAAAGGAGGGAUCGAUUCAUCAUCUCUCACCAACCGACAGAGUUAGAUACCAAGCCACCCGUCUUCAAGGGAUACGGUAUCACUGAGUAUCUCGAGAAGUGGGAGCUACACGCGAGCCGCAGCCAGUGGUGCGAGGAUGAGUUUAUAGUCAACUUUCUGUUUAACUCGGACCCGAGUCUGAACCAGAUAAUCAAAGAAGCUCGAUCAAAGGACAGAAAGUGGACUUCCUAUAAGACUAGUCUUUACGAACUCUUCAAGUUAGAAGACAUCAGAUACUCGAUCGAGGAUCCGGAGUCGAUGACACAGGGAGAGGACGAGAGUGUUCAGGCGUUCGGAAAACGGUUCCAAAAGAUAUCGGAUUCCCUGAUCGAAAAGGGAAAGCUGUCGGAAGUUGAUCGAUGCACGAUUUUCAUAUGUCGACUGCCCAGAGGGAAACAAAAGGGGAUACUUAGGGAACUCCCUCAUGAUAAGCUAGAUUUUUCGACGGUUCUCGAGUUGGCAAUGAAAGCUGGAGCAGAUGACUGUAAGGAUUUACUCUGGAGAGGAAUGCAGCGUUGGGAUUUUUCCCUCUAUCGCGAGUAUGGGAUCGAUAGGUGUCCAGACUUUAACGAUCAGCCAUGGGCAGAGCGACGAUAUUUGAUGGACAGAGACAGACCGCCACGACCUAGGGACAACGAGACGGUGAUAGACGAGAUGAGGGAGAUGAUCAAGGUUUUGGCUCGACAGGUUGCGAGGAUAGAGGCGAAGACAGAGACUAUUGGUUAUAAGGCGAGGUACGAAUCGUUGAACUCGCUGAGGUGCGAUCGAGUUAUGACUGGUUCAGCAUAUUCGCUAAGGUGGGAUAAUCGCAAUUCAGGAUCAUGGAGAGACGCAGGGGACAGAAACCCCCGGACACUGGCCGAUUAUCGAGCGAGGGAGCAGCGGUAUCUUAUACGUCGCGACGAUUCCUCUAGGUACCAGGGCGAGAAUCGAGAUCGACAGGUUGCCCAUCCUAGAGACUAUACGAGAGAUAGGGACAACGAGUAUCGACGACAUGGUUGGGUGGAGACCUACCCUCAGAGCCCAAGGUAUGAUCGAUGUCCUGAAGACCUCCCGAAUGCAGAGGAGUAUCUUAAGACUCUAGAUAGGUAUGACCAUGUGACGGCGAGAGACCGACACAACAAUUCCCGCGAGCGGGACGAGAGGGGAGAUGUUGAUCGGGACUAUCGCAAUGAUGCCAGACAAGAGUCUGACCUGCGUCCUCAGGACAUACGGGUAUUAGGCGGACACGAAGGAUAUAGACGUGUAGAGGCUCAACCUUCUUCUCCUCGUAACACAUGCGUCUGCUGUUGUUCGGAUGAUCAUAUCGGAAGAGAUUGCCCUGAUCUUCAGAAGGCAAUAGACUAUGGCAUAGUGAGACUUAGGGACCGAUGGUGCGUCAAGAGAAACGACGAUCAGAGAGAUGCAUCCGUUUUUCCAUCGAAGAACGACGACGUCAAGGUCAGACGAGCGUUGUCGAACGAGGUAGAGGCGAUCCCAAAGAGUCGGAGUGUCAGGAUUUUCUUACCAUCGGUAGCCAAGACGCCUAUAGUGUCCAACUGCGUCGCCUCUACCAAAUCAUCGUGGGAUCUUCUCUCAAAGGAGAGGGUUGUCCCAGAGGAUCAAGAGGGAGAGGAAGAGGAGCAAAAACGAGAGUUUGAGGAAGUUGCUGAAACAGUGACAACGCCUUUAAGGCAAGCGCUUAGCCAGUGUAUGCGAAGUUCCAUACGAGAAACGCCCAAGCGAACGCAAGAUGAACCUACGAUUCUUAUCGAUCCCGAGCAAGGAAAACCAAUACUUUUGACCGAUGAGAUCUUCGCUGAUUCUAGGUCGUUAGCGGACAAGCCCAUUGCCAACGUCGUUCCAAUCGCACAUCAGUCACGGCCUCGAGCAUUAGUGCGGACUGUACCACGCCCGUUUUCUUUGAUGCGCGAGAGAGCGUGCCUCAUGACCUCUUCUACAUUCCUGGAAGUGGUAUCAUGGGGACUCUGCUUGACGAUUAGGUGAUUGCUCGAGGAGUAGUGGAUAACGUCAGGGACUGUCGAGCCAUGUGAGCACCGACAUGA